CCGCAUCUCAGCUCGCCCAUCAUGCGUCCCAUCAUGCUGUCCGGCCACGAGCGCGCUCUCACCCAGGUCGUCUACAACUCGGAGGGCGACCUCCUGUUCUCCUGCGCCAAGGACCACGUCGUCAACGUGUGGCGGUCGCACAACGGCGAGCGCGUCGGGACUUACGACGGCCACAACGGCACCGUCUGGACCGUCGACGUCGACACCACCUCGUCCCUCCUCGUCACGGGCUCGGCGGACAACAUGAUGAAGCUGUGGAACGUCAAGACGGGCGAGUGCCUGUACACGUGGGAGUUCCCGACUGCCGUCAAGCGCGUCGCGUGGAGCGAGGACGACCAGCGCGUGCUCGCCGUCACCGAGAAGCGCAUGGGCUUCCCCGGCGGCGUCUCGGUCUUUGCCAUCAACCGCGACGACCUCAAGUCCCAGUCGAAGGAGCCGCAGUUCACGAUCAAGCCUACGGGCUCCAAGGCGACGGUCGCAGCGUGGUGCAGCCUCGACGAGCUCAUCGUCACCGCGCACGAGGACGGCACCCUCAACCUGUGGGACACUGAGGAGGGUCUCUUGUUCUUCGACAAGGAGGAGCGGGGUCACGCGGGCGUCAUCACGGACCUGCAGAUGUCGCCGGACGGCACCUACUUUGUCACGUCGUCCAAGGACAAGUCGGCAAAGAUCUGGUCGGUCGGCCCGCACAAGAAUGCGCACGGCGAGGAGGAGUACCUGACGCUCAUCAAGACGUACACGGGCGAGCCGCCGCUCAACUCGGCAGCGAUCAUCCCGGGCAAGCCUUACGUCGUCAUGGGCGGCGGCCAGGAGGCGAUGAACGUGACGACGACCGGUGCACGACAGGGCCACUUUGAGGUCCGGUUCUUCCACCGCAUCUUCGAGGAGGAGGUCUCGCGCGUCAAGGGUGGGUUCGGCCCCUGCAACAGCGUCGCCGUGCACCCGCAGGGCAAGGGCUACGCCAUUGGCGGCGAGGACGGCUACGUUCGUGUGCACGAGUUCGACAAGUCGUGGUUCGACGCGAGGCCGUACGGACCGCUCGAGCCCGAGGAGGACUAAGGAGCGCAUCCCGGAUCGUCGCACGUGUACGGUGCUUGUACCGCUUUCUUUCCCCUGGC